AUGGACAGUCGUGAUACUCAUGUUCGUGCUAAGGUUGCUAUAGAGAAUCGUGACCGAAUGCGUUCUGCACUUGGGAUUAAAGAUGAUUUCAUCGAUGGAACAUCUUUCGAAAAAUUAAACAAAAGUGUUGAUUUAAAAGUAGAUGAAAUUGAAAAAGGCGAUUGUAAAAGAAAGAAAAAAAAGAGUGACGAAGUUAAAAAACAUGAGAAAAUGCGAAAGACAGAAUCAUCAUCUUCCUCGUCUUCAUCAUCUGAGCAGUCGUCAUCCGAAGAUUCCUCAGAAUUUAGUUCUGAUAGCGACGACAGUUCAACUAAUUCAACUGAGGAAUCUAGCGAGAAUAUUUCAAGUGAAGUAUCAGAAGCUAAAGUACGAAAGAAAGUUAGUGGAAGAAAUUUGUCGGAAAAGACUAAAGAGUCCAGGCGUUCAUAUCGGCAUGAAGUUCGACAUUCUUGUGAUCGACGCAAUGAUGGUGAUGGUAAUAGUUUUUCCGAUCGUGAAAAAUACCAGAGGCAUAAUUUACCGGAAUAUUCUGAUCGUUCUCAUCAUCGUCAACGUCACAGCGAUGACCAUUUUGACUGUCGAAGAUCUGGUCGAUCAUAUGGAUAUGAUGAUGGAAGACGGCGCGAAUGGUGCUCUAGGCGUUACUAUCGUCAAAACCAUUUAGGAAAUGAUCGACAUCGGAAACAUGACCGUGAUGAGAAAAGUUAUCAAUGUCAAGAAGAAAAGCGUUCGCAUCGUAGACGUCACUGUUCUUCAGAUUCAGAUACCGACCACAGACAAAAGCACCGUAGUGCAGAUCGUAAUGAUGAUGGAAGCCGGAAGCAAUUAAGAAAGCAUAGUUCAAGUGUGGAGAAAAAAAAACGUCGUAGAUCAAAAUCGGAGGAAGUCGUACCAGAUACGAAGGAUAUAAAAAUAGAACCUGCAUCAAGUCCUCAUUCCCGCAGCAUAUCCUCACAAAAAAUUUCCUCAUUAAUGACACCACUCGAAUCGAAUCGAAAUACUGGGAAUAUAACUCCAUUUUCGGAAUCCAGUACCGCUGAAAUAGCGUCAGGGAAAAAACGGGCUAUGGAUAACGAUGAGAUGGAAAGUGAUGUUCGGCAAUCUGAUACGAAAAUUCAUAGCUCUAUUGAAGAUAAAGAAAAAGUGGAACGAAGUUCAGGCAGUAAACGGGGGCGUUAUCACUCAUCGGAGAUUCAUGAAAGUGUAGAGAAAAGAUAUCGUCAUGAUACUUCAGAAUCUGAAGAUGAAAGUCAAAGUAGUUCUAGUUCUAACGAUGAAUUCUUGCAUCAGUCAGGUAGUACACAUAGUUCUACUACAACGUCAAACGGCGGCAUGGUUGAAAAUAUUUUGAAUGACAAUUCAGAUGAGGUACACUCACCGUCACAUUCUCCUGAACAAGCAUCAGAAACAGGAGAUCGGAAUAAGAAGCUGGGAAGUGAAUCGAAAUUCUGCCGUGUGGAAAGUUACAAGCCCAGACGUCAUGACUGUGAUCGUUCAGUUUCUUGUGAUCGGAAUCAUAAAUUAUCUAAACGGAAGUCACGUUCCAAUGAUUCAUCGCGUAAGAGAUAUCGUGAAAGCAGAUCCAGAAGUCAUCGUUCCAAACGUCAAAUAAGCAGAAGCAGUAGUCGUUCACGACACCAUCGUAAAUGUUCUAGUGAAAGCCGGAGAAGCACUUCUCACUGCAUUCGCAAAUCUACAAGUGUUUCGUCUCGAAAACAGUCGUAUUCCCCAAAAAACAGUAGCACGAAACGUUCAUCAGCUUCUAAAUCCAAGAAAUUAAAAAAUCCAAAAAAUGUUAAAGGUUCUGAAGACGCAGAAAGCACUAAUGAAGUGCGUGUUAAAUGUCGACAUGAUACAUCUAGUUCAAGAGACGAAGACAGCAAAGACCGUGGUGGCAAACGAUCUCAUCGUUCCAGUGAAAGCAGCAGUCGUUCCUCUUGCAGUAGCGAAUUAUCGGUAGAAAAAACUGGCAAACAUACGAAUGAUUUUGGAAGGAAACGACAUCGCUAA